AUGGAAGAAUGUUCACAAACCGAUAUUAGCGACAACUUUGACCGCAAUGUGAAAACUGAUAACAUGGAAAAUGAGAGUCUGGUGAAAGUGAGCCCUCUGGAGGAUGAUUUGAGAAGUGGCAAUUGUAAGCUAAAUGUUCCUGGUUUUGUGGAUGUUGGUGAAGCUAUGGUUGCAGUGAAUGACUGCGCUACACCAGAUGAAGUACAUGAGUUUGUAAAUGGCCAUGAUUACAUACUAGUGGAUGAUAUGUCCAUGUAUCACCUUUAUGUGUGUGAAUCUGAGGUUGUUAUUGAUCAUACAGAAACCAUUGACAACACUGAUGUAGACCCUCAACAUAUUGAAACUGGAGGUUGCCAGUCAACUGAAGACGAGAUAUCUGCAGUCACAAGUGUCUUACUGGAUCUGUCAUCUAAAACUGAAAAUGGACUGAAUGAGACAAAAAUUGAAACAACCAUGCUGAGUAGUCAGACUACACAACAUGGUGCAAGUUUGAAUUAUGAUGAACAGGUGUCACCAAAGCUAAAAAACAUAAACAUAAUUGAUACAGAAUUAUCAAAAGAUGUUGAGGAAGAUCCAACAAUGGAGACUGUUGAUGCUAAAGUUGUGGUUAUUCCACAAUUUUCAAUUUACCCGGAAACUACUAACAGUGCGCAAGAUAAAUGCAACACUGAUGCAAAUUCUGUGAAAAGUGUAUCAGAUGCACAAAAUACAUCUGAAAGGAUGGAUAAUUCAAGGCGGAGAAAGAGAGGUAGAAGGAAACGAACAAUUAAAAACAAUCGUUGCGACGUCCAGUGCAAUACUAAUGUGAAUGUUAGUGGAGAAGACAAGACUACAGAAACACUGCAGCCACCUGGCAAUGAGACUCGAUGUCUAAAAACAAGUACUAAAAGUAGUGAUCAUGUUGACCCUGUGCUUUCAAUGUCAACCACCGUUCCUGAUAGCUCUAAGGUCAUUAAUAAUGAUGAUUCAAUUCUAUCUUCAUCUGAACUGAAAAAAAAGGAAAUUAAGUUGUCAUCAGUACGGCGAAAGAGAAAACCUACAAAGGGAAAGCCAUUGAAAAUCAAAUUAUCUUCACCUGGCCAUGUUAUGAAACAUAAAAUAAAGAACCAGUUUAAAAAUUUACUGAAUGGUUCAACAAAGAAAGAUGAACAUGAUCUCCAUGAUGAAAGUCACAAAACUGAUGAGGAAACUUUAUGUGACGAAAAAAUGACACGAUGUAAAGUUUGUCUCAAAUUAUUUGAGAAACAGUAUUGUGAAGACACUCAUGAGGGUAAAUGUGCUCGGCCUAACUUUCGAUGCAGAAAGUGUGAUAAAAUUCUACUGACUGAACAAAUGCUGGAAAGACAUGUUCUUAGCUGUGGUCAGGGAAUUCCUGACAAAGUAAAGGAAAUUGGUAAUUUUACUUGUAGACUUUGUAAUUUCACUGCCUCAGAUAGUGAAGCUUUUAGCCUUCACCAGAAUAGUCAUUUCAUGGAGCGCUGUGAGAGGAUCAGCAAAAAAAUCUAUACUUGUGAUAAGUGUAGUUAUACAUGUACUGUUGAGAAGGCACUGGUUGCACAUAAGAAAAGUGAUUUGUGUGAAAAUACAGAUACCAUGUUAAGUUGUAAAAUCUGUGGAAAAGAUUUCAAAAAUACUGAGGCAUUGUCAAUGCACAUGCUUACACAUAAGGUAGAGAAUGGCGGUUACAUGUGUGACAUAUGUGGUGCUGAGUUCUUCACUACACAGAAAGUCAUACAACAUAGAAGAACUCAUACCAAUGAGAAACCAUUUAAAUGUGAAUACUGCAAAUAUAAUUGCAAUAGAAGCGACAACUUAAGACUGCAUAUCAAGCGCAUACAUAAAAUAGAUCCUGUGAAAAAAGUAAAAUCUCUGAUUGUUAGUAUUCCUUUGGAACAUACUAAAAUUAGUAAAUGCAAUAAGAAAAGAAACAAUACAGAAGAGAAGAGCACAUUGAAUGUAGCCAGUGACAUUCCUAUGUCUUCAAGCAAGUCUGCUAUUUAUGAUGUCUAUUCUGGAUCGGGUGUUCCCAAAAUAGCAUUAUCAAGACAUUUAAGUUGUAAGUUGUGUAGAAUAGAGUUUCCAACAAAGGCAGCAAAACUUGAUCAUGUCAAACUACACAAAGAUGGCAAGCUGUACAAAUGUGAAUUGUGUCAUUUUCGAUCUGUGUCCGUAAGCAAGUUAGUGGAUCACAUACGAUGUCAUACUGGUGAAAAACCAUUUUGUUGUAGCUACUGUAGCUACCGAUGUGCUAAAAAAGAUAAUUUACAUAUACACAUGAAAUUGAGGCACUCUGGUAAAUUCUAG